GGACAGAGAGAAGAUACUUAGAGGAACUUGACUCUCCUCUUCGUGUGCUCCUCUGCCGAACAUCUUUUUCUGCCACCCUUUUUCUCUGUGAAUCUUUACCUUUCAGAGGAAAUAAAACCAGCCAUGGCUUUUCAUAAAUCCACGUCGAGUUACAGUAGCGGUGGAACCUCCGGGAUGAGCUUGAGCGGCGGCGGCGGCGGCUUCAGCAGCAGUGGUGGUGGUGGUGGUGGUGGUAUUAACCGAUCAUAUUCCUCAAGAUCGAUGGUGGUCAGCAACAAAUCAAAUCCAUCCAGGGCGUCCGGCGGCAUGUCAUUUGGUAGGCAAAGCAUGAGUGGUGGUGGUGGUGGUGGUGGUGGCAGCUUCAGUUAUCGUAGUGGAGGUGGUGGUGGUGGUAAUUUUGGAAUGGGAGGUGCAUACGGUGGUAGUUUCGGUGCCGGCUUCAGUGGUGGAAGCAUGGGAGCUACUAUCACAUCUGUCCAGUCCAACCAGUCCCUGCUGGCCCCCCUGAACCUCGCAAUCGACCCCAACAUCCAGACCGUCCGGACACAAGAGAAAGAGCAGAUCAAGACUCUGAACAACCGCUUCGCCAGCUUCAUUGACAAGGUCCGCUUCCUGGAGCAGCAGAACAAGAUGCUGGAGACCAAGUGGAGCCUGCUGCAGGAGCAGACCACCACGCGCUCCAACAUCGACGCCAUGUUCGAGGCCUACAUCGCCAACCUGCGCAGGCAGUUGGAUGGGCUCGGCAACGAGAAGGGCAAGCUGGAGGGAGAGCUGAGGAACAUGCAGAACAUGGUGGAGGACUUCAAGAACAAAUAUGAAGAUGAAAUCAACAAGCGUGCCAACGUGGAGAAUGAAUUUGUUCUGCUUAAGAAGGAUGUAGAUGGCGCAUACAUGAACAAGGUUGAGCUGGAGGCCAAGGUGGACUCCCUUCAGGAUGAGAUUAACUUCCUCAGAGCCGUCUAUGAGGCGGAGCUUCGUGAGCUCCAGGGACAGAUCAAGGACACCUCAGUCAUUGUGGAGAUGGACAACACCCGUGAACUGGACAUGGACUCUAUUGUGGCUGAAGUCAAGGCCCAGUAUGAAGCCAUCGCUGCUUCCAACCGUAAAGAUACUGAACAGUGGUAUCAGCAGAAGUACCAAGAGAUGGAGACGAAUGCAGGCCAGUUCGGAGAUGACCUCCGCACCUCCAAGAGUGAGAUAGCUGAGCUCAACCGCAUGAUUAGCCGGCUCCAAAAUGAGAUUGAGUCAGUCAAGGGACAGCGCGGCAACCUGGAGGCUCAGAUUGCUGAGGCCGAGGAGCGCGGUGAGCUGGCCGUGAAGGAUGCCAAGGCCCGCAUCAGGGACCUGGAACAAGCCCUGCAGAGAGCCAAGCAGGACAUGACCCGCCAGGUCCGCGAGUACCAGGACCUGAUGAACAUCAAGCUGGCUCUGGAGAUUGAGAUCGCCACCUACAGGAAACUGCUGGAAGGAGAGGAGGACAGAAUCACCAGUGGCGGUGGAACUGCAACCAUCCACAUACAGUCCUCCGGUGGUGGCGGUGGAGGCGGCGGUGGAUUUGGUGGCGGCUAUGGCGCCGGUGGCGGUGGCGGCUAUGGCAGCGGCGGCGGCGGCGGCAUGGGAAUUGGUGGCAGCAGCUACGGAAGCAGUUACGGCAUGAGCGGCGGCGGUGGCGGCGGCGGCUCCGGCAUAAUAAAAAUGAGCACUGUCAGCUCCUCACAAUCCCGCCGUUAUUAAAAACAGCAGCUGUCUUUCUUUCCAUUCUACGUCUUCUACCCUCAUUUUCUCCUCCUCCUCUUCUUCUGAACCCCCUCUCUCUGACAACCACUCAUAAAAUCCUCAAAAUAUCCCCAUCACCUCACUCCCUGGAGACACGGCAGCCUCAGAAACAUCCACAUUUGUCCGGUAUCAGCGGGCAGAUCCAUGUAACGUUUGUUUUCUGGGUUGCUACUUUCUCUGGCACCACAUACCUGAGGAGAGUCAAGUCGAGGCAAAAUAAUUAGUGGACCAGAAGAGUAGCAGAAAUGUGAGUCAGCCGUCUCUUCCUUAUAUCAGUCAGCCUGGCUGUCUUUUGGUGUCUGGAUCCGCUGUCAUGCAGUGCACAUCCUCAAAACCCAACAAUUCUUGCUCACACAAUGCCCACAGCAGUUCUUAGAUUGGUCCAGAAGGAGGUCUGGAUGUUGAUGUUCUUUCAUUCAUGAAGCACACAAUGUCUCUUCUGUUGUCUCACAUCUGGGUCAUUUUGUUGUGCAUUGGGACAUCACAAAAGCAGCCACAUACAACACUCUUAUAUUUGUUUGUUUGGGAUCCUCUUUUCUGUCUCCUGUUCUGAGAGAAAAUACUUUCACUUCCAUUCUGAAUGAAAAAUAAACUUGGAUUAGGCUGACUGGGAAACCAGAUUUAUUGUAACAUUUGUUUGGAAUAAAUCUGAUGUCAUAAUAAU